UAGUAGAGUUUUAUUUCGUUUCAGGGGUUCUCCGUGGUGUUUCGUAUACCUACGUGAGCUGUGAUAAAUGUUUAGUUUUAAGAUAGAAGUGCAAAAUAUUAUUAGUGAAAAACAAAAACAUUUGAAAAUAAUUGACAAAUAUAAGUUCUGUUUUUAUAAAUGUUUGGCUAAUAAUAUUCAACGUAGGAAAUGUACCAUUAAAACGUGUACAGCAUAUUUAAAAAUUAACGAUAAUGAUGAUAUUUUACUUAACGUGUGUGAUACUCACCACGACCACGAUGCACUAUUUGAAGGAGUUAUAAAUCGACAAAUUGUAAGUAAUUCGCUUAAACGAAAAGGUACACAAGAAUUAUUUGAAAAACCAGCUAAACUAAUGCAUCGACAUUUAAAAGAAUGUAUUGAUAUCAGUGUAAAAAGUACAUUAACAAUUACAGAUAUUCGCUAUAUGAAUUAUAAUUUAUAUCGAGCUCGAAGUGAACAAUUACCAAAAUUGGCAACGAAUAUUUUAACUGUCCAUUCAGCCUUAAAUGCUAUUGACUGUAUUACAAACGAAAAUGAACCAUUUUUGUUUAUAAAUGAUUCUAUUGAUGUUAUAAACGCAAUUCGUGUAUACUUUUUCUACGGGACGCAACUCGUGUGCUCCCAAUAA